AUGUCUUCUACUUCGAACACUCAUAAUAAGAAGUGCUUUUGCAAUGAAUGCAAAAAUAACCAAGGAGGUUACAGUCUAGUUCAAAGACAAACUGCUCAACGCCAUAACAAAAGAGCAAGAUAUGAAGCCUUCAAAAGAAGUGAAAUGGAUACAUUUGCUCAAAGCAGCUCGAUGGAAGUUGAUGUUGAAACUUUUCUGUCCCAGGAAGCAGGCCCCUUGGAAAUAUCGGUUGGUCAGACCAACUCACCUUUUUGGGAAGCCAAUAUUAUGUCUGACAAUGACAACAUGACUAUUGACAAUGAGGUUGUUGACAAUGCUGAUGAUGACAAUGACAUGAACAAUGACGAAGAAGAAAGCAAAGAGGUUGAAGAGGUUGAAGGGGUUGAAGAUAUUGUUGAAAUCGAGGUCGAAGAAUUUGAUAAUGAAGACCCUUUUGCCACUCCCGAUAUGCCUGAGAACCCAGUGCACAGGUUCAUUGCUACUUUUGUGGUAAUGUUUGCUUCCCGCUAUGUGGUCAACAAGGGUGCUGUUGUCUUGAUCGAGUUCAUCAACAAGCUCUUGAUGAUUUACGAGCAGGAUUUCCAAUUGCCCUUGAGCCUUCCUGGUCUCCAAUGCAUGACAGGUUUCUCCACCAUGAACAAAAGCGUUCAGAGAUUCCUUGUGUGUCAGGACUGCCACAAGGUGUAUGAGAAAAGUGCAUUGGCUCCUUCCCAUUGGGACUUCAUGAAGCUUGGCGCGCGUUCUGCAUGCAACUGUCAAUUGACAAAAACAUCUUUCUCUGGUCUCCAGGUCGCCAAACGUGAAUACUGUUACCAGUCAGUAAAAAAUGCACUAAGAUUGCUCUUUCUCUGCCCAGAUUUCAAGCAAAAAAUCAGACAGUAG